AUGUGCAAGCAUAUCCUGAACGCGCAAGUCGCGUUCUUUGAUUGCCCCGAGUGCCACGCCGAGCGCGAGUCGCAUCCGCUCGCCAAGACGACCGAGCUGGCGUUUCUGUGCAAGAAGUGCAGGCGCGCCUUUCGCAAGGACAUGGCGCAGUACGAAGAGGCGGACGAGUUUUGCCCCCACUGUGACAACCCCUAUGUCAUCGAGGCCAAGACGCCCCAGCUCAUGCUGCAGGUCGAAGGCGAGGACGGACGCGUAGAUCCGAGCAUGAUCCGUGACGACCGCGCAAAGGAGCGCAUGCCCACCAGCGAGGACGGUGCGGCAAUCGACCACGGCGGCUACCAGGCCGCGGCGGUCGCCUUCCAGCAGCACCUCGCGUCUGGCGCGGCCGGCACGGCCGGCGCAAGCGAGCCCAAGCCCGCGCCGUCGCUCGAGCAGCUCGACAACGAGCUCGACUGGGAUUAA